AUGGCAGCCUCCUCCAACUAUAUCCUGGCAACCUAUGCCCACGACAGCAACAGCAGCGGCGGCGGCAGUGCCAGCGGCGGUAGUGGAGGAGCGGCAGCCGACUCCGAGGACUCGCAGGUGGGCGGUCAGACUGCUCAAGGUAGUUCCUCGGGCAAGAGGAGGCGACCGCCGAGGCAGAAAAUCAAUGCCAGGGAACGUUACAGGACCUUCAAUGUAAAUGCCGCCUAUGAAGCUCUACGCAACUUGAUUCCCACGGAACCCAUAAACCGCAAGCUAUCCAAAAUUGAGAUUAUACGCCUGGCUGGCAGCUAUAUCACCCACCUCAACAGCACCCUGCAAACAGGAACCGAUGGCCAGCCUUGUUUGCUGCACAAAUACGAAAGUGAAGGUCCUGCCAGGCGCAUUAGCAUCUGUACCUUUUGCCUGAAAACCAAGUGAAAUUUCUCUCUAUAUUCUAAGAUUUUUUUUCUUAUAAUUUAAUUAGAUUUAUGUCGUAUUUAUUGCAUUUUUAGAAAGUAUUUUUUGAAUCAAGCGCCCACCGACAGCGCCAUCUUCAGUUGAAGUUG